UCAUAAUCGAUUCUUCUAUUACAUCAUGUUGGGUCCAUAUCUUGUGUAUGUUUGACAGUGAACAGUAAACCCAAUUCACUUUUACAAAGCACAGCUAGCCAACUAGUAGUUUGACUUGUAAUUUGUACUGCCUACUUUUGAAAGACGAUUUCUUUAAUCAAAAUGGCACAGCUCUCCCAGAAGGGUGGGCUGUGCAACAUGAAGAUGUUAUUGUUGGCUGUUAUUUUCUGUCUCCUAUCGUUUGUUGCUGCAAAUGUGUUGGUGUCUUCAGAGCACAAGACUUUGAUGCCAGUGAAGGACCACCCUAUUCUGAACAACCCUGAUGCUACAAAAGAGACCAAUUUUAAGUCAUUGCUGGAACAACUUGCGAGUUUACGGGUGAAAGACGAUUCUUCUCCAGGUAACGUGGGCCAGUUGACAAAAGGAUAUUCCUCAAAAAAUGUCAUAGACCACCCGGACUUUGAUGAGUCCCUGCCCCUGAAUUAUGUUCCAGAGCACAAGCCAUUGAUGCCAGUGAAGGACCACUCUGUUCAGAACAACCCUGAUGCUACAAAAGAGACCAAUUUUAAGUCAUUGCUGGAACAACUUGCGAGUUUACGGGUGAAAGACGAUUCUUCUCCAGGUAACGUGGGCCAGUUGACAAAAGGAUAUUCCUCAAAAAAUGUCAUAGACCACCCGGACUUUGAUGAGUCCCUGCCCCUGAAUUAUGUUCCAGAGCACAAGCCAUUGAUGCCAGUGAAGGACCACUCUGUUCAGAACAACCCUGAUGCUACAAAAGAGACCAAUUUUAAGUCAUUGCUGGAACAACUUGCGAGUUUACGGGUGAAAGACGAUUCUUCUCCAGAGCACAAGCCAUUGAUGCCAGUGAAGGACCACUCUGUUCAGAACAACCCUGAUGCUACAAAAGAGACCAAUUUUAAGUCAUUGCUGGAACAACUUGCGAGUUUACGGGUGAAAGACGAUUCUUCUCCAGGUAACGUGGGCCAGUUGACAAAAGGAUAUUCCUCAAAAAAUGUCAUAGACCACCCGGACUUUGAUGAGUCCCUGCCCCUGAAUUAUGUUCCAGAGCACAAGCCAUUGAUGCCAGUGAAGGACCACUCUGUUCAGAACAACCCUGAUGCUACAAAAGAGACCAAUUUUAAGUCAUUGCUGGAACAACUUGCGAGUUUACGGGUGAAAGACGAUUCUUCUCCAGGUAACGUGGGCCUGUUGACAAAAGGAUAUUCCUCAAAAAAUGUCAUAGACCACCCGGACUUUGAUGAGUCCCUGCCCCUGAAUUAUGUUCCAGAGCACAAGCCGUUGAUGCCAGUGAAGGACCACUCUGUUCAGAACAACCCUGAUGCUACAAAAGAGACCAAUUUUAAGUCAUUGCUGAAGAGCACCCUGAAGAUCAAACCCAGAGUCAACAUAUUGACUGACCCUUCUUACUCCGAGCCACUUGUGAAGGUGAACCUGAUUUUGGGGCCCGUUUUCUAUAGCUUCAUCGUAAUAGUGGUUCUCUAUGAGGCUGUGAGAAUCUCCAAGGAGGCUAGAAGGCGAUCUGAUGCUAUUGCCACUGCUUGGCUCACUGAGGUUUGCGUCAAUUAAGACUGAGGACUACUUCUUAAACCAAGUGAUAUUGAAUAAAAGCUGCAGAUAUUAAAUCUCCAAAUGAGAUCACAUGGAGACUGCCACCUUUGAAGACUUCCAUUGUUUGUUUAUAAUUUAAUGUCUUUAGAAUAGUAAUAAAAAUACAUUGCAUUUAAAA